UAGCAGGCCAAGGUGGAACCGCUACGGCCAGAGGUCGUUUCCCCGGUCGGCCUUGGUCGUCACGCAGUCGUUUGCGCUCUGAGAAGCGGUGGCAACUUGGACGAUCAGGUUUAGAAGGUGAUGAUGUGACUAACGGAGGGCCAAGGCCCACAAACCUGGUUCUAUCGUUAAACGAAGACCAGUCUCAUAUGCGCUUGCUUGGGAUAGAGGCGAGCCACAAGAUCCUUGGUCAGGCUGGAUACAGCUCUAGUGGGAGUGAAGAGGUGAGGUCCCAAACCGAACCAGGAGGAGAUGACUUUAGAGGAUUUGAAGCUGAGAGAAAAGGCUCUAAAGGACCUCAACUGUCUCGCCAAAACCCUUCAAAAGGAGAUACUGCCAACACAAAAUCUAAACGUCAGAGUGAGAAGCUACCGGUUAUAACACCAGCAGUGGAGGCAGCUAUUUCCCCACCUGAUCCUGUAAAAGAUGUAAAAUCAUUGGAGGAAGUUCAAAGCUUAUCUUUUGAAGCCGAGCCUGUGAAGGAUUGCAGAAAACGUUCAAAAGGAAAAAAUGCUGUGGAUCGACAGUCCAAUAAAAGCAGAGCUUCAUCAGCAGCGCCGAGGAUUACUAUAAAAUUGGUGGCCAAAGAGAAAACGAAAACUGUAAAAGAGCCUCAUAAAAAGUCUGUGAAGAAGAUGAAGAUAAAAGGAAUUCAGGAUCAGUCUAAAGCCAAGGGCGUUCAGGGUGACCAGAUUUCAAGUGCUUGCAUCAAAUUAAAAACUGAACCAAAUGAGGAUAAACCUGUCACAGACGAUAAGGGAGGGGGUACUAUACCUGCAAGAAGGCGUGGAAGAUCUGCUUCAAAGACAACAGAGCCUGUCUGCCAGACUAGCGCCAAAGUUGUGGUUGAUGUCCAAAAAUCAAAAGAGAGGAAAUCAGCUGAUCAGUUGGAGACUAUAAAGGAAAGUCGGACUCUAGAGCCAAAAACAAAUGUCAAGAAAUUAAAGCAAAAGGAAAUUGUGGCAGAGCGAAGUUCUGAAGUUAAUCAGUUGGUGACUCGUAGGAGCAAUAGAGUUGCUAAUCCUCACUCUAAAAAAGUCUCAGACAAUACAGCUCAGCCAGAGAGUCUGAGUAAAAGUGAUGCCAUUCUGACAGAGUCAAAAUCAGAAGUUUCCAGAAUAGCGGAGGCCAAACCACUAGUGAGAAGUGACAGACGAAGACAAAGCAAGAGGCUGAAUAAGGAUGUUACAGUGCCGGGAGACCAUGGUCCAUCAUCCACAGAGACUGAAAAGCACAGUGACAGUUUGCAUUUGAAAAAUGAGGAAAUGAGGGUCCCAAGUUUAAAGUUGACACGGAUGAGAAACCCAAAAUAUGAUGCACAGUCCAGUGGGAAGACUUCAACUCGAAAGAAAAAACGGAGAAAAUUUAUCUGGACUUUAACAUUAGUGAAGGGAGAAAGUCAGACAAGGGUUGAUAAAACCACUGUCGGCACAGCACAGAAGACUGUCAGUGAAGUGGAUCAGUCCACUGUGUGUGACACCAGUGUCGACACCACUUUGACGGGGACUGAUAAAGAAUCAAAAUUGGAUAACUCAACCCCAGAAGAGAAUAAAAGCACAGAAAGUAAUACAUUUUCCCAAAACCAAGCUGAUGUGCCAUUUGAGGAAAAGCCCACUUUACAGGAGGAAGCUGAAAUGGAACACAUAGCUGAAGCAGCUCCACAAAAAAUCACUAAAACAGAUUGCGGAAAAGUCCCGCCUCUUCAGAUCAAAAAGGUCUCCUCUCCUGGUAAACAUAAAGCCACAAAGUCAUCAUUUUUAAUUCAAGUUAGCCCUGUGGCUGAAAAGGAGGAGCAUGUUCUGAAAAACCUAAGUGAAGUUAAUGAGAACAAUUCAUCAUCACUGGAUGCUGAAGUCGCACCAACUAGGAGACUAAGGAGGAGGGCAUCAAGUCUUGAUUCAACACAGAAAAAGUCUGUUAGUCAUAAACAAGUGGCCGCUCAAAAACCAAGGCUUAGAAGGAGUCUGCACGAUAAUGUUACUGCAGAGGUGCACGUUGAAGGUUCUUCUCAGGUUUCAACUGAAGUCUGCAUUUCACAAGUUCUUCCUGAAAUCUCCUGUCAGGUUUCGGCUGAGGACCCCUCACAGGUGACCAGUGUUAAUCCCUCUGAAGCUCUUAAUAAGGAUUCCCCAAAGAAUGCUGAUGAUCCCCCACAGGUUCCAGGUGAAGUUUCUCCACUGAAAGUAGAAAGUGAGGUAGAACCACAGAACAAAGAGGCCAAACUGUUGCCUGUACCUUCCAAGCCUAGAAGAUGUAGAAAUAAUAAAUUGGAAAAGAAGAAGUCUGCUCAAAUGAAAAAGGCCAUCUCCCCUCAACCUGCUGUCAGCACAGAGUUGGCUACAGGUGAAGUUGCUAACACAGAGUCCGUGCUAAAGGAGGAUACUCAGCCUUUAGUUACAGGGGUAAGUCAGCUGGAAACAAAAGACUGCACCCAGCCUGAGGCACAACAGGACCCCGUGCCAGUGGAAGAGGAGCAGAUACACCUACCGGUAAAAGAGGAAACAGAUAUUCAGUUGAUAGAUAGUCCGCAGUCGUUGGUAUCACAGAGUCCAGCAAGUGACCCAAAAACAUCAUGCCUACAAAAGAAAUCUCUGAAAAAAGUAAAAAAGAGACGUAAAAGCUUGAUUGGGCAGCGUCAGAAACACAGGCACAGGGGCAGAGAUGGGAAAUUUGCUCCACUUAAAUUAUCUGAAAGCCAGGAUACUGUUGAAGGGGGUUGUGAUAUUUCCACCACAUCAACAGCUACUGCAUUGGCUCCAAGCUCCAAACUUAUUGGAGUACAUACAAAGUACAAGAACAAACAAUCAAGCCUACAGUUUAUUGAAUCUAAAAGGCCAAAACCACAGACUAAAAUAAUUUCUAAGCUCAUAGAAAUUGAGCUUGGUAAAGAUAGUUUGAAGCAGGAAGAAACAGACACAUUAGUCGAUGGUGGACAGGCAAAUGUUGUUGAAACUCCGCCCGGUAAAUCAAAGUUUAUAAAAAACAUCAAGCACUUCAUUAUGCCGGUAGUAAGUGCCAGAUCAUCACGAGUGAUCAAGACCCCACAAAGGUUUAUGGAUGAUGUUGGAAUGUCCGUUUUACCGCGGAGAAAUUCCCCAAAGAAGAGUUUACAACUUGGCUUGCAAAUACGUCCAGGAAAGAGGCGUGAUGAUGUGAUGUCCCCAAUAUCCCCUAUCCUGCCAGUCGAUGAUGAGGACAUACUGAGUGAAGCUCAAUUGGAUGUUGAUCUGUUUUCAGCUCAGGACCUAGAUGACACCAUUGAUCUAGCUGAUAGCCUAUUUUCUGAUAAAAAAUGUGGAAAAAAUGAAAAGAGCAGACCUCUUCUGAAGAACUCUAGUUUCAGUUGGCACAUGCCAGAGGAGUCUAGUGAGGAAGUGUAUACACUGGACAAAACUCCAGAGAACAACUGUGAGGAUCUGCUUAAAUCUACACCAGCCGAUAAGCCCACAGAGUUAUCCACUGACCUACUGGAAGCUCAGAAAAAGAAAUGCUCCCCUAAGUUUAAUAAGCAAGCAGCUCACCUCAAGAUUUAUCAAAAGCUAAAGAAGCCACACACAGGGCUAUCGAAAAACAAAAUCACCACAGAGAUGGAUAGCGUGAGUAAACCUUUUCAGCCCCCCAUUGAUUUAGCAGAAGGACUCGAUGAUGAGGCCAUGAGCAUCAGCCUUAGACAACGGAAUACAGACACAGAGAAAGAGAAGUCCAAGCUCAAGAUAGAAGACCUUGAUACUCCUGGGGUGGUGAGAAAAGUCUCUGUGUGUGUUCGGACUUUGAACUCCAAGGCCUUUUCAUUUCAGCAGAGUAAGGAGGAGGAUUUAACUGGGAAAGACACUGCCCAACUUCACUCAGGAGAGUUGCAGUCAGAACAGAACUCAGGCUUAGGUGAAGGUGAUCACCUUGGGGCGGCGGAGAAGGGCUCUUCACAAAGAGCACGCCUCACUGGUGCAAAUAAAAGAAUGUUCAAUCUCCUCAGGAAAGCCAAGGUCCAGCUCAUUAAAAUUGACCAGCAGAAACAGCUUAAGUCAUCUGGACUGUUAUCUGGCCCAGCUGGUGCCAGGUCUCGAGAUGUGACCUCUAAGAGACAGAGGAGGAAGCAGAGGGUGCAGCCUGAUUCUCAUGUUCCUGUCAAGACAGAGCCACCUCAAGGACAACCACAGCUCAUCUCCCCGCUCUGCCAGGAGUUCCGUAGAGCAGGAGGUCCACGUAUCAAGCACGUAUGUCGUGCUGCAUCUGUGGUACUCGGGCAGCCCCGGGCCUUGGUACCAGAUGACAUUCCCAGACUUAGCGCCUUGCCUCUGCAUGAAAGAAGUGGCAUUUCCCCGUCGGCCAUCACUAAAGAUGUCGGGUCUCCCUCAGAGUCAGACAGUCCUGGACUAUCAGACCUAAAGGUCCCAAAGGCCAAGAAGCCAUCGAAUUUUGUGAAACGGAAAGGCCUCGGGCCAUUUGGCUAUCGCUCUCGCAGGUGUGGAGUAUGCAAAGGCUGCAACCACGAGGAGGACUGUGGCAAGUGCAUGAACUGCCUUGACAAACCCAAGUUUGGUGGUCCCAAUACCAAACGACAGUGUUGUGUCUAUAAAAGAUGUGAUCAGAUUGAAGAAAGAAAAGCACGCAGACUAAGUGGGAGAACGGUGCCCAAAGGUGCAUCUAAGCGACGGCGAUCUUCUCUCAGCGGGGGUCAUUCAAGUAAUGACGAAGGGAACGACAGUAUCGCGGACUCACCAUCUGGUCUCCAGGGUGACGCUAACAGUCCAUCAGUAAGGAAACAGCCAAAGCGUGUUGUGAAACCCCGCGUCUACUUUGACCUGGUGGACUAUGACUCAGAUCUAGAUGACAAAGCUUUCCCAAGCUCUGCUUCGCCAGCCAGGAGAAGGGGUGCUGGACCCCGUUUCAGUCAAGACUUUGUGUCAUUGGAUGGAUUCCUUGGAGACAUUUCAGAUGAUGAAGUCAGGCAUCGGAAAUCCAGCUCCCACCGUGUACCACCUGGUCGACGUAAACCCGAGAAGGGUCCUUUAGAGCAGACUCCUCCCAGUGUCUUGGCAGCUUUGGCCCAUGGAUUUGAGCAGAGAGAUGUUGAGUCUUCCAAACCUACUCACAAAAUCAGAGUUGACUUCAAGGAGGACUGUACUUUGGACAACGUCUGGAAUAUGGGUGGUCUAAGUAUAUUGACCUCUGCACCGGUCAUGCCACCAUACGUCUGCUUCCUUUGUGCCAGUAAAGGGCAACAUGAGAUGCUUUAUUGCCAGGUAUGCUGUGAGCCCUUCCACCGGUUUUGCCUUGAACCAGCAGAGCGCCCCUCUGAGGAGAACAAGGAAAACUGGUGCUGUCGUCGCUGCAAAUUCUGCCAUGUGUGUGGCAGGAAAAACAAGCACUCAAAGCCUCUGUUGGAAUGUGAAAGAUGCCAGAACUGUUAUCAUGCUUCCUGUUUGGGAUCCAACUAUCCAAAACAAAAUAAGAAGAGGAAAGCUUGGGUUUGUAUGACAUGCAUCAGGUGUAAAAGUUGUGGUGUCACACCGGGAAAGAUUUUGGACACUGACUGGAACCACGACAAAGGACUUUGUCCAGACUGUUCACAACUCUAUGAACAGGGUAACUACUGUCCAAUCUGCUUCAAGUGCUAUGAGGACAAUGACUAUGACAGUCAGAUGAUGCAGUGUGGCACCUGUAACCACUGGGUGCAUGCCAAGUGUGAGGAUCUAACCGAUGAGCUGUAUGAGAUCCUUUCCAGCUUGCCAGAGAGCGUAGUGUAUUCAUGUCGGCCAUGUAGUGUGACCCAGCCCAGUGCCUGGAGAGAGCUGCUCUACAUAGAGCUCAGGGCUGGGGUGGAGAAGGUACUAGCUUGCUUGCUGUCCUCCACCCUCACCCAACACCUCGUUACCUGCUCACAGUGCGAAAAGUUGGUUGAUCCUGACAGUGGGACAGAAGGCCAGCCGGCCUGUGACCUCCGAGCUGUAGGCAAGAAGUUUGACAAAGGCCUUUAUACUACGUUGAAAAUGUUCCAUGAAGAUGUGGUUCAGGUGGUGCGAAAGAGACUUGAGCAAGAGGAGGAUCUUCCAGAGGAGCAGAGGCCCACUGCCCUGGCACGAUCUUACUACUUAAAGCUCCUCGAGGAAGUAUUUAAUUGGUUCAACAGCCAAGACCCAAAGGUGUGGAAUCCCUGUACCAAAGAUUUGCCCAUGGGCAUGCUACCCCAUGCUGUCCAGCCUCCUACAACGGAACAUGUUUAUGCCCAGUGGCAGGAGAGGAAGGAGCUCUCGUCCAGGGCUCCACUGGGGGUCUUGCAGGAGGACAAUGGACAAAACUUAGAUGUUAAGGAAGAAGAGGCACUUUCUCCAGCAUCUGGGGACGCAACAAACCAGAACCCCCUCAAAACCGGCAGGGUUGUCAGGCUCAAAUUCAAAGGGAAAAGAGGCGGGCUCUCCAAAUCAGAUUUAGACACUGGAUGGUCUAAAGAUGAUGGGCGACAGUGCUCUUUGUGCCAGAAAUACGGAGAUCUCAAACCUAAUGAAGCAGGCAGGUUGCUGUACUUGGGCCAGAAUGAGUGGGCACAUGUCAACUGCUGUCUCUGGUCAGCGGAGGUGUUUGAAGAAGACAAUGGCUCACUACUACACGUACACAGUGCUGUCACAAGGGGCCGGCUGAUGCGAUGUGAACGCUGCAACCAGACAGGUGCCACAGUGGGCUGCUGCCUAACAUCUUGUCAAAGCAACUAUCACUUCAUGUGUGCUCGCUCCCGCCACUGCGUUUUCCAGGAUGACAAGAAGGUCUACUGCUACAAACACCGCCACCUCAUCAGUGGCAGGAUGAUAACCGGUCAAGAAUUUGAAGUAAUCCGCAGGGUGUAUGUGGAUUUUGAAGGGAUCAGCCUCCGCAGAAAGUUCUUGACAGGACUGGAACCAGAAUUGAUCAGUCUCAUGAUUGGUUCCUUACAGAUAGAUAAACUAGGUGUGCUGACAGAACUUUCACCCAGCAGAGGAAAACUGUUUCCUGUGGGCUUUCAGUGUUCUCGUUGGUACUGGAGUACAGUUAAUCCAUCACGACGAUGCAGAUAUACGUGUACAGUUCGGGAGGUCCGGCCUAUUAUCCCUGAGAAGCCUGUUGAGGAGAUGCCUGACCAAGGAGACAAUCACACCAUUGCUCAUAGCCCCUAUCCUUUAUCUGAAUCUGAAGCCCAGAAGACUGGUUUCACAGAAUCCCAGCCCCCAGCGGAGGAAAUCUUGUCUCCAGGACCUCCACUGAAGACAGGUCACAGUGCAAGGCCAAAAAUUCCCAGCUAUCCUCAAACCAGGAGACCAGCUGGAGGACUGUCCCGACCUCUGCCAUCCCCAGGCGUAACCCAGCUGAAACCCCAUCACAUAUUAACCAUAAGUGAUCUGGAGGAGACUCGAAGGGCUCACCGUCACAGCCCGCACUCACAGACAACAGGCCCCCGCAGUCACAUGCCCCCUCCUCCUCUGGGCCCUCUGACUGGACCAAUCACCCUUCGUGCUGGGAAAUCUUCCCUUCCCACUUCCCCACUGUUUCCACUUGGUGCUACAGACAACUUGAUAAGUUCUCCAUCGUCCCGCCUAGUUGGAGGUAGAAGUGCUUCCUCAGUCCGAUGCCCUGGGAAUACAAUGACACAUUGUACCUCAUCAUUCUUUCCUCAGUCUCCCUGGCAGGACAGUGUGGGAAGCUUUCCCUCUCCAAGUCUGUCUUUCUCUUCAUCCUUACAACAGUUACCCAGAACUCGAUUAUCACUUGAUCUGACCCAGUCAGACUCGGUCGAGGUGCCGCACAACUUCUUAGCUUCACCAGAGCCUGAAGAUGUCUCUCCAACAAAUGGUACUUCACCCCAGGAGGACUCAUUUCUCUACAGCUCAUUCCACAAGGAUCCCAGCCUGAGUUUGGGUCAAGAGAUGAGGGCAGAACUGGAGAUUGAAGAGACACUCCUGAAUGAAGGUGUGGCAAUGAACUGUGGGGAGCAGAUAGUGGUGGAAGGUGAUGAUCAGGAAGAAUUUUGGGGAAGAGCCCAAGAGGUACACAAGAGGAAAACCCUUGUGGCUAGCCUGCCACGGUCUGCAGCCUCAGCCAGGGAUGACUUAGGAAACACCUCUUCAGAUGAUGAUAUGGAGCACUAUUUUGACUUCUCACGGACAAUAGUCAGUUGCCCUGGGUCAAAAGAUCUUUCCAAGUCACCCUCCUCUCCUUCCUCCCGACCUAUGUCUCAGCUAGAUGGCAUUGAUGACGGCACAGAGAGUGAUGCAAGUAUGGCAACCAAUGAUGAUACUCAAAAAGUUGAGGGUUCUACUCAAUCUCAGAUCCAAGCCAACAACCUAAAUAAUCAAAAUCUUCCUGAAUCAGAAACUACAAACGGCACACAGGCUGUUCAGAGUCCGUUCCUCGAGGCAUCAUCCAACAGUAAGCAAACAGGUUCAUCAGUCACCAUCUCAGUUGCCAGCAAAAGUCCUACAGAAAGUUCACCUCAGAAUGCACUUAAAUCUUAUGAGGCCAGUCAGUCAAAUGAGGGUAAAACAGGAUUUCCACACAUUUCCAGAAACUCGCCACUCAAAGAGCACAGCUCUAACACUCCAGUAGUAAAUCAGGAGACCAAGCUUCCUGCUCCAGCUCAUGGUGCUUUGCCUAACCUGCUCACAAAGGUGCCUGAAAGCUCAUAUUCACAGGGUUUAUUUCAUGGUUCUAAUUUAAGGUUUGCCUCUGAAACACCUCUUGUUCUCGAGAGAUGUGAUGCUAGUCCACAUUUAACUCAGAUGGUUCCUUUGCAAGAAAGCAUGCCACUUGAGUCCCAACAGUCUGAAGCGUGUAAGCCCCUGAAGCCUGACAAUAGCCACUUUGUACCAUCAACUGAGGGGUCUGCUAUGUUAAUGAACCACUUAACAGCAAAUACAGUGGGACCCCCAUUAGCAGAUGCGGCUAAUAACAGUCAGGGCACCCUGCUGGAUCUUGUUCAAUCCUCUCCUUUAAUCUCUACCAGUGUACAGCCCACCUCUCAAGGUCUUGUAGACUCCUUGCAAAUGUAUUCUUGUUUACCAGGUUUCAGUCAGCCACCUCUAACAAGUAUUACCCUUGAGCCAGUAACAUCCCCACAAGAGCCUACAGCCUUCCCAUCCGUUGAGCCUCUGUCUACUAAACUAACCACCCUCAGUCCUGUUGGAGAUGUGACGCAGACACUGCUAAAUGUUGCCCCUCAAAAUGAUCCAGUGUUAUCAGGUACAUCAAGUGCAUUUCUGCCAGCAGGAACCUGUGGAACUGUCUCUGUACCUGUCUACUCCACACAAACACAGCUGUUGGGUUCUACAGCCGUCACCUUUGUGUCUUCCUCUGCAUCAGUACCAUCUUUUUCUGGGUUGUCAACACGGUGUUCAACUGCUCCAGUCCAAACCACCUCAGCACCCGUGAUUGUAAAUGGUUACAGCUCUGCAUCUGUGCAGAAGGAAGCUGCAUCUGGUCACACAAUCUCAAUCAACUUCUCAACACCCAGGCCAGCUUUAGAGCCUCAACAGCCGGUGGUACCCCAGGCAUUACCUGGUCAUGCUAUUCUCACUGUAAAGGAGGUGGGAGGCCCAAAUGUGGAUCCUACACCACAUGUCCUGCUGGUGAACCGCCUUGGGCAGAUCUUUGUGAAGAACCCAGACAGCAACACUUUCCAGCUGCCCACUCCAAACUCCCCUUCCUAUAACUGUGUCACACAGAUCGCAAGCCUUCUGCAAAGCAAUGCACUGUCAGCCACACUAGCAGCAGCUGGUAAUAUGGCUGCUCCACCCCCUGUGGCCAGCAUAGCAUCAGCAGUUCCUCCAUCAAUUACAUCAGUCCAGAACCCAACCACAAUUACACAGCUACUCACUCAUAAUAGUAAUGGGGCAGUAGCAUCAGUUAAUGUGAAGAAGCCAAGAAAGAACACAAAAUCAUCAAAAGAUGAAACUGUCCCAGAAUUGAAAAAACCAAAGAAGAAGAAGGAGUCAAAUGCACCCAGAAAAUUCAAAUCAUCCAAGUCCUCUGCACAGCCUGCUCUGUCAGCUGAGAAUUCUCCCAUGACUACUGCUGAAAGUGCCCAAGCAAUUAUCAAUCAAGCAAUGGCGAGCAACUACACCCCCAAGUGGAGUGGACUCCGAACACUAAGCCCUGCCUCACUGGUUUUGCCACCUGGCCUAUUAAUUGAACCAGAGCCUGCGGUGUCACCUCGCUCUCCAUCACCAACACCAACACCUGCUCCUACACCCCGCCCUCGCUCCCACGUCCGCAUGAAGAGAGUGUCAUCACUUUCAGACCGCAUUGUCACAAAGAAGUCUAAAGUUGACUUCCUGCCACCAGAGUCCAUCAGUGAGAAUGAGGAGCGGUGCAGAUCUACCUUCCCAAGCAUCUCCAGCAGGGCUUCAGGGGUUCGCAUCAAGACCCCGACAGUGAAAGGAGUACUGAACCUGGAUGAGUUAAAGGAAGAAAACAUAAGCGAUUCUGAUAGCUCAGGGUCAGAGCCUUGGGAUUAUAUGUCUCGGGGUGAGCAAGGCAAACAGCAUGCAUGGGAACCAGUGGGACACAGCACCAUGACUGACUGGAAGAAAUACUCUGGGGCUGCUUUUACUUCAGAUGAUGAACCAUUGCCAUCUGACGAGGAUGAGGGAAGUCCAGUUAACAGAGACCAGCCACACUUAAGAUUUGAGAUAGCCAGCAAUGAUGGUUUCAGUGUAGAGGCCGACAGUAUCGAGGUGGCUUGGAAAGCAGUGAUCGAUGGGGUGCAGGAGGCACGAGCAAUUGCAAAGUUGAGACCUCUGACCUUUCUGGGAAUGACGGGUGCUCAUAUGCUGGGACUGGUCCAUGACGCAGUGGUGUUCUUGCUGGAGCAACUUCAAGGAGCCCAUCGCUGUCAACGCCAUACCUUCCGUUUCUUCAAACAGUUCAGCCAAGAGGACGACCUGCCUGUCAAUCCCAGUGGCUGUGCCCGCUCUGAGCUCUACCUUCGGAAGUCCACUUUUGACAUCUUUAACUUCCUGGCUUCUCAGCAUAGACAGCUUCCUGAUAUUGGGCCUUAUGAUGAUGAGGAAGAUGAGGUCCAUUUGAAAUCCACAAGACGGGCUACCAGCUUGGAGCUGCCCAUGGCAAUGCGCUUCAGACAUCUGGAAAGAACAUCCAAGGAGGCUGUUGGCGUGUACAGGUCUGCUAUCCAUGGCCGUGGUCUGUUCUGUAAGAGGAACAUUGAAGCCGGAGAGAUGGUUAUUGAAUACGCAGGCAUUGUCAUCCGCUCAGUGCUCACUGACAAAAGGGAGAAGUACUACGAUGGCAAGGGUAUUGGCUGCUACAUGUUUCGCAUCGACGACUUUGACGUUGUGGAUGCGACCAUGCAUGGCAACGCAGCGCGAUUCAUCAACCACUCCUGUGAACCUAACUGCUACUCGCGGGUGAUCAACGUGGAAGGCCGGAAGCAUAUCGUCAUCUUUGCUCUUAGGAAGAUCUACAGGGGGGAGGAGCUCACCUACGACUACAAAUUCCCCAUUGAAGACGCGAGCAACAAACUCAGCUGUAACUGUGGGGCCAGGCGAUGUCGACGUUUCCUCAACUGAGAGACCCCCUCAGACGAAAAGAUGAGGAUCCCGUUUACGAGUAAGCCUUAAAUUAAGGUGGCACUUGACUGGGCUUGGGGAGGUGGUGGGCAGUCCACACACCACUCAAUCACAUGUGGCUGGUUAGAAAUGAUAUGUGGACAUUUUGUGGACUGGAGCACCUGCACGGAAAAUUCAUUCACUUCUGAAAAAGGUCAUGCUCACAAGGUACUUCUGCCUGUGAGGGGUUCAAACGUACAGCUGGCACAGCAUUGUCUUCGCCGGUAAAUAUUGUGGAGGAUGUGGUUUUGGUGUCCAUGGCAAUAGGACAUUUAAGGUGUGGGGGAGGGACUUCUGGAUUUAUAUGAUUGGCACCAACAGAAUUUCUUUGAUACACACGUCAAGCCUUAUCUGUUGGAAUCAUUGCUGAAAACCAAUAGCUAGACUUGGAAAGAUUCCUUAUACGUUUAAUUCAUUUGUGCUAGGGGUGUAGGUCUGUCUGUAGUACACUUCCAGUGAUGGGAACUUCAUAGCCCCAUCUGUGUACUGGUGAAGUCAGUUCUGAAGCCAUUCAUUCACUCAAACCUUGUCUUUUAUCUUGCAUUUAACACUUCUCACAAGUUAAUAUUUUUUCAGACUUUUUUUGUGAAUAACAAAGAACCAUGGUGCUAAGCUUUGAAAGGUCUUUUACGUCUUUAGUUGGACUCAUAUGUCCUGCGAAUCAGGAACUGUUUAGCUGUUUAUUCACCCUGCUGAGAUCAUGUAUCUUAAAUGUAUGCAUUCAAGCAGUACUCUUUACAUUAUCAGUCUAUAAUGUCUGCUAAGUUUUCACCCUUGAUAUUAUAGUUCUGCUGUUUUCUCACCUACUCUCUUCCUGUGUGGAGCUGAAAAUAGAUUAUUGUAACGGUUUCAGUCAGUAACAUAGUGUCAUAUUUAUAAAGAUGGAAACGUGCCUUUAAGACACGUUUUUUUUUUUUUUCCCCUUCAUGUACAGUGUAUGUAGCAAACACUACCCAAGCCAAAAGUGAAGAGUUGCGGUGAAUGUUUUUAAAAAAUAUAUAUAUUUUAUUACUCUCAUGGCAGAUGCUCAUUACCUAUUGCAAUAAGAUUUCACUGCCCUAGAGUUGCACAUAAAUAACCAUCAAACAUACAAACUCCCUUCAUUUUUGUGAAAUUUGCUGCAGUUUAUCUCUUAAUGAGGAAGAGCACUGGUAUAAAGCGUCGCCACUGAGCGGGUGCAUUCAGCUCCUGCACCAGGCUUGUUAAGAAGGUGGUGCACAGACUGUGAAUGUUGCUAUUGAGGGAAACAUUCAGUCUGAGUGGAGAUGACAGAGUGCACUCAGCACCUUAAAAUAAUGUUUGCUGUUCUUAGUCGAUGUUCAGUGCUGCCAUUGAUGCAUUUAAUUGAAUUCACACACUGUUCAGAUUGAUAGUUUUAUUUAUUCAUGUUUUGAUUUAUAUUUUUAAUGGUAAAAAGUUGUGCUUUGUAUAAAUGCCGGCAGUUUAUUGUAUUAGGAGAUCUCCCCAAAUUUUUUUUCUUAAAUGUUUUUUUUUGUUUGUUUACAAAUGGUGUCCUUUGUUUUACUAACUUACUUGAAUUUUCUUUUGAGACAGUUAUGUCAUGCAUUAAGCCUUUAUGACAGAAAUGGUUCUAAAGCAGGUCUUGUUUUUUU